CAUACAUCACAGACUCUAAACGCAAGCAACGAGCCAGCCUCUGCGACUGCGCCUGCCCGAAGUCAGGCCAAACAGCACAACGCGCGUCAUAUAAUCUAACAAUUCUAUUGGCUGCAUUGGAGCAACGAAUUAUCCUAGCUUCAACGAGCGCCGUGGCGUCGCUGACAAGUCUUCGCAGCAGCGGCAACUCAACGCGUCAGCCUCAGGAGGCGAGCCUUAACUCCAUGGCUCUUGAAACUGUGUUGGACAUGGUUCAGUGCAAUAGCUGCUGAGCUCAGCGGCAGCCAGCAGCUCAAGGACGGCCAGCGAACCCUGCCCGCGACCGCGCCUGGGCGACCGGCCUUGACUUUGUGGCCCGUAAUGCAGCCAGAGCUUCAACGUGUGAAGCCUGGAUAUGGUUCUGUCGUUCAGCGUCUCAAGGGACCUUCCGCGACUGCUCUGGAUGACUUGCUGGGAUUCAAAGUACCACGUCGUCAGCGCACUGGAGCUGCAAGACCGAGGGCUCUGGUUCCCGCGGACCUAUGGUUCCUGGCUUGCGCCAAGGAUGAGACUGCGACUGCUUCACCACAGCAGGAGGUCGACGAGGACGAGGAAGCACUGGUAGCCGCCGCAUUGUUCGACCUUGCAAACGCGGCAGCGGGCGCAUCUUUGUCGGCGCGCGACAGCGGCUCGGCCGGCGCCCCGCCGUCCGGCCCCUACAAACGGAACGGCUACCACGGCGGCAGCAACGGCCCCGCCGCGAAGCGCAGGCGCAGCCCCGACCUGUACGCCGAUGAGGACGACGAGGAGGACGAGGAGGACGCGUACGGGGCGGCCGCGGCCCAUGGCGGCGGCUACGACGAGCCUGCCAGCUCGGGCUCAGGCGACGAGCUGGCCGGGCCGCAUCACAACUCCACCAGCCAGCUCGCGCCGCGUCGCGGCGGCCGGGGCGGCAUGACGUCCAUCAACGGCCGCGUCAUCUACGGCCGCGGCGGCCGCAGCGGCCGUGGCGGCGGCCUCGUGCAAGAGCUCCCCCCCAUCAAGGCCCCGGCGGGGCCGUUGCCGGUUGGCGGUGCGCACCGGCCAGACGGCCCCAACGGUACGACCACAGCGUAUGCCAACGUCACGCUGGCCACCGCCCGCGCGGCGGCGCUGCGCAUGGGUCUUAUCCCGGGCCCGGUCGGGGAACGCGCUGGAGCGCUGGACGGCGCCGCCGCCGGCAGCAGCCCCCGCGGACGGCGCGACGCCCCGCAGCGGGAUGCUGACCAAGACAUGGAGGCCGCCGAGGAGGCCCAGGCCCAAGUCAAGCCAGAGCCGGAGCAGGGACGCGAGGCACGCGAGACUGCGGCUGCAGCGGCAGCGGGUGCUGAUGAAGACGACCAGGGCGGCUCGGCACGCGCGCAACCACAACCACAGGGCGCCGAAGCCGCCACCAAGAAGGAGCCGGGGGCAGGAGCCGACGGCCCCGCCGGCACUGCCGGCACGAUACCGCUCGCCUCGUCGCGCGGCGGCAGCGGGCCGCAGCUGCACGGCAAGGCCUCGGAGCAGGGCAGCCUGCCCGUCAGCCCCACCGCCGCGGAUCCGCUGGCGGCGGCGUUGGCUGCACAGCAGCAGCAGCACCAACACCAGCAGCCGAGGCCCGGCAGCGGCUUCGGCCUGGGCGGCCCCGGCCGCACCCCGGGCCUGGACGCCGGCGCCGGCGCCAAGGCCGCGGCGGCCGCCGCCGCCAUGGCGUCAGGCCUGCCGGCGACGGCAUUGCUGGGCGGCGCGGGGCUGCCGCCGCACCCCCUGAUGGAGCUCCUGGCGGCGUCCGGUGCCGGCGGCGGUGGCCCAGGCACGGGGCCGUGGGGGCCGCUUGCGGGCUUCCUGCCUGGCGGCGGCAGCCCCGCUGCGUGGGGCCCGCAGUCGGUGGCGGAGGCGAUGGCGAAGAAUCUGUCCGACGUCAGCAAGGCCACGGCCGCCGCAGCGGCUGCGGCGCUGCCGCCGCCGCACAUUGCGCACGCGCAGCUGCAACAGCUACACCAGCUACAGCAGCUGCAACAGCUCCAGCAGCUCAAGGCGGCGGCUGCGGGUCUGCCGACGGGCAUGGCAGACUACCUCCGCAUGCUGCAGCUGGCGGCGGGCGGUGGCGGCGCCGCCGCAGCAGCGCUGCUCGGCAACGGCCCUGUCAGCGUUGGCAAGCAGCUGGCGGCGAUGCAGGCUGCCACCGCCGCUGCGGCAUCGCCGAAUGGGCCAGGCCCGGCUGCGCUUGGCAGCGCGGGCGGUGCUGGAGGUGCCGGGCAAGGCAGCGCAGCAGCUGGUGGGGGGCCAGCCGCGGCGGCGCCGUCUGCUGCCGCAGUGACGCCGAGCGCCGGCACAUUCCGUAGUGUGCCCUUCCGCCGCUGCGCCCAGCACGUCUACAUCGCCCACUUCAUUGCGCAGCACCAGCAGCAGCCGCUGAAGCAGCAACUGGGCGCAGCAGGGCCUGGCGACGCCAAUGCGCCGAAGGCGACCCCUACUGGGCCCAGCAGCUACGGCAACCCCGGCCGGUCGCCGCCGCUGCCAGGCACGACGCCGCCGGCUCACGAACGCGAGACCCUGCCCACUGGCAGCGGCGACGGCGGAGGUGGCGGCAACGCCCGGGCGGCCGAGCCCAGCGGCGGCGCUGCCGGCUCCCCGCGUAGCACCAGUGGCGGGAACGGCGGGCCGAGCAGCGGCACUGCAGCCAAGGCCCGUGGCGCCUCACACUCGGACGCUGACAACAUCAGUGGCGGCGGCGGCGCUGCCGGCGGCGGCGGUGGCGGCAUGGGCACACCCAGCGGCAGCCGUUCGCCGCGGCGACCAAGCGCAGAGACGCGUCUGGCGGCGACGGGCUCUGGGGCAGCUGCGGCCAAGCAAGACUCCUCGGAGGCUGCGAAGCAGCAGGCCGCCCUGCAGCUGCAGCACCAUCAACAGCAGCAGCAGCAGCAGCAACAUCACCAACAGCAGCAGCACCAGCACCAGCAGCAACAGUUGGCGGCAGCCCUGGCUGCCGCGGCGGCGGCAGGGCACCCUGCGGCCGCGCUGAACGCGGCGGUGGCGGCCGCGACAGGGGGCGGUUUUGGGCCGGGCGCCGGGUCGGCGGCGGCUCUGCUGCACUCGGCGGCUGCGGCUGCGGCGGCAGGCUUCCCGCCACAGCUGACGUCACCAGCCAUGGCUGCUAUGAUGGCGGCGGCGGCAAGCGGCGGUCUGCCAGCGGCGGCAGUGCAGCAACAGGCUCUGGCGGCAGCUGCAGCUGCUGCGGGCGUGCGGCCGCCGCCCCCAGGGUCUGCCGGCGGCCUGCCACCCCACAUUGCCCAGCUGCUGCUGGCGGUGGGUCCGCACGGCGGUGCUGGGCCCGGUGGACCGGGCGGCCCGGGUGGCUAUGGCGGCCUUCCGCCCUUCCUGGCAGGCCUAGCGAAUCCGUUCGGUGGCCCAGGCGGACCGCCACCGUCCGCCGCGGCAGCGGCGGCGGCCGCCGCCGCGGCCGCAGCCGCUAACGGCGCCGGCUACCCCCCGGCCGGCUCGACGGCAGCGGCCGCGCUGAGCGCCGCCGCGGCGGCCGCCGCGGCAGCGGCGGGCGUGCUCCCUCCAAGCGCGGCGCCGCCGGGGGCUUCACUGACGGCCGCCGCGGCAGCGGCGUCACAGCUGGCUCCGUACUUCAAUGGUGGCGGUCUGUCUCCGUUCCCGGGCGGGCCGUCGGGCGGGCUGGUGCUGCCGCCGCACCUUGGAGGCGGCCACCCGCACGCGCACCACCACCCUCUGGCGGCGGUGUGGCAGCAGGCGGCGGCCAGCCAGCAGCAGGCGGGCCAGUGACUGCUACGGUGACCGGCACAACCGUAUCAGCGACGGUCGCACGUCGCAGGACACGAGCCGGCGAGUUGGCGCGCGCACGCAUGCAUACCUAGUAUUCUUCCUCAGGGACCGAUGCUCUUGUGUACGCGUGCUUUUGUGGAGUGGAGGCAGAGGCGGCAACUGUGGACGUGGGCGGCAGUUACGCGCACAGUUAGGAACAGCAGCACAGGGCAGCAGCGGAGACGUGUCAGAGCAGGGAACAGCAGCAGCCUCAGCGGCAGGAUUCGCCGCUGUGUUGUCUUUGGUGGGCUUCUUUUCAGCCUUAUGGCGAGAGCUGCACAAGCGUCCAAUUGCGACUGGUGCUUUUUCUGGCGGCUGGCAAGAAGCAGUAUUGUCGUCGCCCGCACUGCGUGAAGCCGCCGUUUUGAGCGUUCAGGGAGCUUGUUUUUGAUCUCUAGAGACCUAGAACAUGACUUCUAGUGCUCGAGCGGUGCGCGCACAGAGAGGGUGUGCAGUGGUCGCUGUGUGGUGUAGACUGGCAGGAGAUGCACUGCACGUUAAACCGACGACCAGGGACCUAAGAACACAAGCGAUCGCGAACUAAUAUAAUUGCGGCGGUACAGGUCAAGGGGUGCAGGCGAGGCGAUUGACGUCUAAGGCUGCUAUUUGCUACGCCAGGCAUUUUAUGGUCAGUUGCGCUGCCGAGUGUGCAUGUGUGACCCGACCCGAGUGCUUUCAAGUGUGCCGGUGGGGUACAGGGUAUGUCUGAUGGAGUACAGCGCACGGGCUCAUCCAAGGCUUGCGGCAGGGGCCCCUGGCUUGCGGCGCGCACAUCUGUGCAGCCGAAAUAAGACCGUGUGUUGCCGGUCAGAGCUCUUUCCGUGUGUGUGCGCGUGUAGCUGCUUACUACGGUGCGCAGGGCACAGGCGGCGCACAGCCGCGUUUUGCUGCGAGUGAGUGGUGGUUGGCCUGGGGGCGAGGGCUCGCAAAUGGCAUACUAUGAGAAUGCGGGCUGAUGGGCUGCGGCGACUGUGCGGCAGCGCUGUGGGGCCGCCGUACGCCCGUGCCCGUGUGUGCCAUGAGCAAGCGCGGGGAGCGAGCGGCACGCAUUUGUCACACUGUUCUAGCGAGUCGUGUCGCUGAGCGGAGUGUGGCCAUGGCGAGACGAAGAUUUUGCGUGUGCUGCAUGGCCGGUCCGCAAUGCACAGAGUUGUUGUUCGUGUCUGUGUCUGACUGGUUCCGACGACACGGGAUGCAACAGUGGGCGGCACGGGGGACUAGUACUAGUGGUGCAGCGCAUGCCACGAGCGAGCCGUGGUUAGGCGCGCGCCUAAUCACGUGCGUCGAACCUUGCCGCCAAUCGAACUCAACGGCCGAUUGUGGCUAAGUACGAAUUGGUGGUUGUGCAUGUUGAUGCACGCGUGCCCUGUGCCUGCAAAGAUGUGUGGGCAAAUGCCGGCAAGGCAUCAUCGGCUAUUGGCCAACGCACAAGGGCGCGGCAAGUUGUGGUCGUUUUGUGUGACAGGAUUGGGUGCUCGGGUUGAAAGACGCAUACCGUACUUUAGAUAGCACGCAAUUGUGGGUGAUUGAAACUCGACUUGACUGUUGGUUGUGCCUCUGUGCUGAGGCGUUGCGUUCAUCGAGGAGUCCACGAAGCGGGAAGCAAUUCAGGCAGAUCGUGACGGCUUACUUGAGUGCGCCCAUCGUGGCCUCCAUCUUUGGAGGCUGCAUACGCUGGCUGGUUUGCGUGGCGAAAGGUACAUAAUAUCCCAUGUGCAAAGCUGCGUGUUGUAACGAGCAGAGGUUGAGAACGCCCGCGAGGUUGCUGGGCGGAGAGACCCCCUGUUUGCAGUGGCCUUGUUAAUGCGCACAGUCGAGCGCGCUGGCUGCAACCUGCAUUUGAGCAACGGAAAUGGUUCAAGCGGCACAGGCUGUUUGGCCGUGUUGCCGAUUGUAGUGGCAUACGGGAUUGCUGAAGUGCACCUGGUUUACCGAGUUGGGCACGCCUACGUCGGCGUCGUGUUGACGCGGCGUUGUGCGGCGGCUGCCAUCAGGUGCAUGCGGUAUACACUACCCGCGGGCAUGCACCCAACCGCACAGUUUGGCAUCGUUUACAAGUGCAGGCUCCGAUGGCAGGCCCUGUGAAGAUACGUGCGAAUGGACGAGUAGAAUUGAAGCCUUUUACGAAUGACUGAUGCACUGCGUGAGUGAAGAGACCGACUAGGGUGUGGUGUGAGAAUGACAUAGGACUGAGGCUUUGAGACGCCGGGCGCUGGACGCCUGAACAAGCCCAGCAUAUGAAGCCCCGGUGACAAGCUGUCUCAGAAACCCACGACCCAUGGAGUGCAGAGGGGAUUGUUCAAUGCGGAGAAUGGCCAUGACUGUGGCGAGGUUGGCCUGUGAGGAUCCCCAACCGUCCAUCAACUUAUCGGCUCACCCUGGGUUCUCUCGAGCUUCACAUUCAGCCAGGGGGCAGGGGUGCCUUCAGCUGCUCACGGAUCCGUCAUUCUCAUCCUACUAUCAGCUCCUAGUACGUACGUUCGUAGGUAGUGCGUACUAACACGCGUAUCCUGGAAGAGGGGUCGCGCGGCCAACACCCCCAAUCUCGGCUGCCUGCUGACUAGCCCACCUGCCAUGCCCGAAACCCGUCACUGUCAUGACCUGGCGUGUGACCGUGCGUAUCCUGUGGCUGAGUGAUUUGGGUGUGGUUGUGGCGUGUGGGGGAGGGAACGGUGCCCGAGGUUGGUUGGCCUGACACAGUGUAUUGCAUGGGAAGCCGGAGUACGGGUGAUCAGAGAGAGGAUAUAGGUCGCGUCUGAGAGCGGCUAGAGCCGUCUCUCAUCCCGAUC